UUCGAGACACAUUUAUAUCACAUCAUCCGGUAAGAAAGGGGGAACCAAGUCCUGGCACUGGAUUGCACGGCUCUUGAGAUGAGGAACGCUGCCCGACAGGACCAUCCAGAGGAUUACGGGUGCCAGAUACUACUAUCAGUGCAGCUCCCUCCUUCUCAAGGGAGCGCAGCAGCACCAACGGUACGCUUCCUCAACCUACCUUUCGUCAUCUAUGACAUGCAGACUUAAACACAAAAGAAGACGCGUCACAGGAAUAUAUACUAGCCAUUAAAAGAAGAAGAAAAAAAGAACUGAUUUAGGUGUACCAAAAAGGUAGCAACCACAAUUUGCAAAAAUGACGUCCGACAGUACCACUAACCACCAAUCUCGGAGGAAGUCAGCAUCUGCAUGCAGCAACGGCGAAGUCCAAAAUUCGGAGAUUCUCAACCAAAAUGGACACAUCUUCUGCAACGGAAGCUCGGAGGCAGACCUAUACCAUCUCCAGAAGAUGGUGUCCGAAGACGACAUCGACGUCGUGCCAGAAGUCGGGGUGCUUCAAGGAGACGACGACAGUGAAGAAAGUUCAACGGCUCCGCCUGAAGAAUCGCUGUGGUCCAUCUUCAGACAGGCUGCCAUACCAUUCUUGCUUGCCGGACUGGGAACAGUGUGUGCCGGACUAGUGCUGGAUGCUGUGCAAUACUGGCCAGCGUUUGUCACCGUGACAGAGUUAUUUAUCGUAGUGCCUCCACUGUUGGGACUGAAGGGAAACUUGGAGAUGACGUUGGCAGCUAGACUGUCCACUCAAGCGAACCUCGGUCGGAUGGAUACUUUACGGGAACAGUGGAGCAUUGCGCUUGGGAAUAUGGCGCUUGUACAGUGUCAGGCCUGCGUGCUGUCCUUCUUGUCUUCUGUCUUCGCAAUCAUCAUGGGAUUAGCGUCCGACUCGAGCUUUAAACUCGACGCUGCUAUCUUUGUGGCGGCCUGCAGCAUGGCCACAGCCGCUCUUGCAAGCUUCCUUCUCGGUGCUGUCAUGAUCGUGGUGAUAGUCUAUUCACGAAAGUGUCACAUCAACCCAGACAACAUCGCCACUUCGGUCGUGGACGCCCUGGGGGAUCUCACGACGCUCGCCAUCCUGGCAGGGGUCAGUUCUCUCUUCUUCCAUAAGCUCGAGCAUCCGGGAUUAGCGUGGGCUGUUGUUCUAUGCCUGUUGGCGUUAGUGCCUCUCUGGAUCUUCCUCGCCAGGAAGAACCCAUCAUCCAACAAAGUGCUCAAAGUAGGUUGGUGGCCUAUCAUAACUGCCAUGGCCAUUUCUAGUGUUGGAGGAUACAUACUCGACUUGGCCGUUAAUAGGUUCAGCGGUUUGGCCGUCUUUCAACCCGUCAUUAACGGAGUGAACGGGAACUUGGCCGCGAUCCAUGCCAGCCGCAUGUCCACCAUGUUUGCACAGCGCUCUACCCUGGGUAUUCACCCGGAGGAAGAUUCCCAGUACUGCGUCGACCCGUUCACUGGACUCUGCCGAACGAAUCGGCAAGCUCGUAUAUCACAGUUGUUGGUGGUCCUCUCCAUACCAGGCCACAUAAUCUUCGUCUUCCUAAUCUACAUCAUCAGCGCAGGGCGCACUCCCCUGACGCCAGCCUUGAUAAUUGCCUAUCUCGUGGCAUCCCUCAUUCUUCUGCUGGUACUGCUGUACCUCGCCCGCUGCGGGACCUACUGGAUGUGGCGGCGAAAGAUCGACCCAGACAAUGCAAUCAUUCCUCUCCUUACAGGAUUAGGAGACAUGUUAGGCACAUCACUACUAUUUCUUGCAUUCCUCUUCCUUGCUGCCGUUGGCGAUACAAGUGUCAUCAACGACACAGGUCUGCCGCACACAACUAGGAAUGAGACUCAUCUCGUGUGAUACGUAGCCCUUUAGAGCGACAAGAUCCAGACACGUUCCUGUAGCGGUAUACUCCCAUCAGACAUGACAGCGGAGUUUGCAAGCCCACAAUUUUGAGCGCACCGACACUGAAUGCAGCAUUGCCACAAGCAACCUGUCCUGAGGAACUAAGCAAUAUAGUAUGCGUAUAACGUCUUGGCAAAAACAGGGCUGCUUUGGUUUGAUGCAACCUUCCACGUGACAAGUUCAAUAUUUCAAGUUUCCUUUAAUUUAAUGGAGUUCAUGCUUCUGAGGUUCUUAUCGUUUCAUUUCCCACUCUACAAAAACGUAGCAAGUUUACACGCACAUGGGCCACUGAGGCAGAAGAGUAAAAACACUGGAAGUGUGGCUUUACGGGCCCAUUAAGAAAACAACAAAUUCUUUAUAUCACUGGCUACGUAUCUGACUCUGUUGAGCUUCCUGCAUUUCAAUUUCAGGUUUUUGGCGACCCUGUGUUCACCCGAAUACAAAUUGAAAGGGACGAUCACCAGAAACAAUUGCUUUCACUUGUUUUCUCUCAAACGCAUGAGUACAUCUGUACACACAUAGCUGUAUAUAUAUAUAUACCUUUUUACACAACAAUGUGCUCAUGUGUGCCAUUUCACCUGUAUUACUGUUGUGGUAACAGAUUUUCAAAAUGUCGAUACCAACAUGCUGAUAACAUCGCAAACUCUUGUGAACACUGGAUAAAAAACACAACCAUCAAAUUUUCCACUGACUCCAUCAAUGCUAACGUCAACGCUUUCACAGCAAUCCCGAGCAAAACACUUCGUCAAUCAAGGAUGUGCACGCGGGAGUCAUAAAACUGGAUCACAUUUGUUUAGAAAGUGUAAUAAAAGCAUGAACGUGUA